GGCCGGAGGGGCGGGGCUCGGACGCGGAAGCGGCGGGAGCGGCUGUGACACGUGGGACCGCGCCGGGCCAUGCAGCGGCCCGGGCUGUUCGGGCGGCUCAGAGCCGCGGUCGUCGGGAUGGUGCACGUGGGAGCGCUUCCAGGGACACCAAGAAGUUCUCUUCCACUGACCCAGAUCAUUGAUCAAGCUUGUCAAGAGGCAGAAGUUUACAAGGAUGCUGGAAUUGAUGGGUUGAUCCUGGAGAACAUGCACGACGUGCCGUACACGGUGAGCCCGGGCCCAGAGGUCACCGCAGCCAUGGCCGUGAUCGGUGCUGCUGUGAGACAGAGCUGUCCCCACGUCCCUCUGGGUGUGCAGGUGCUCUGUGCUGCCAACCAGCAGGCAAUAGCCAUUGCUCUGGCUGCAGGUCUUGAUUUUAUCCGGGCUGAAGGGUUUGUGUUUUCUCACGUGGCUGAUGAAGGGAUUAUCAAUGCCUGUGCAGGUGACCUGCUACGAUACAGAAAACACAUUGGAGCAGACAACAUUCAGAUUUUUGCUGAUAUUAAAAAGAAGCAUAGCAUGCUGUGAAGAUUCCUGUGCUGGUUGGGUCUGGAGUGACUCUGGAGAAUGUGAGGAAUUACUUGGAUGCAGAUGCUCUAAUAAUUGGUUCAUAUUUCAAGAAAGGAGGAUAUUGGGCAAAUGCUGUUGAUCCUGACAGAGUCAAGAAGUUCAUGGAACACAUGAGUAAACUGAGGGAAUGAGUUUGUCAGCAAACACUGUUUGUUUGUGUGUGUUUGUAGAAAUGCAGUGUGGUAAGUCCUACAGAAUUAAAGCACAAAUGUGUGGCCGAAUGGCAAAUAAUACCAAAUAAAAAUGCACAUCAUCUCCAUGACUAGCUGGAAGCUUGGUGACAUACUGCACAAUAACCUGCUGCCCUGAUGUUUGCUUCUAGGCAGCACAUUGCUGUGGUGCUCAAAGCCAACUCUGAAAUCUUGUGUGAGAUAUUCUCUCCUGUAAGGUAAACGCUUACGGAGUUUAAGAAUUUUUAGAAAAUGUUCAUCACAGGUGAGCUGAGUUCUGUUUUGCCUUUAAGUACAGUAGGAUGCCCUAAGUUUACAGCUAAAAGUGUUGUAAAUUGGACAAGUUAAUUAGCCUUUCAGUUUCCCCAUCUGUAAAAUGAUGAUAAUAGCACCUACAUCACACAGGGGCCAUAAGACAUAAUGAAGGAAAGAAUGUACAGCACUUUCAUCUCUCUAAAUGAAGGGCUCUUUUAAAGUUCAAGAUCAUUAUUUUUUCAUUAGAAUUGUGCAUUUAUACAAUUGCUACAUUUUUGUAAUACCACACAAAAAUUUAAGAUAAUUGGAGUAUUGAUUUACUUACAAUACUUAUUAGAGAAUAAAUGUAAAUAUUUAAUUACAUUUAAAUAGAUUUGGAAGGUAGUCAAAAUGCUUUUGCAAAAACUGGAAAUUUUAAUAAAGGUUUAUUAUUUUUCAGCAAGCA